GAGCGCGUGAGCAUGAUGGCGAUCCUCCUGAACUGCAUCACCCUGGGGAUGUACCAGCCGUGCGCAGACGAAGUGUGUUCGUCGAGUCGCUGCCGACUGCUGCAGGUCUUCGACGACUUUAUCUUCGCCUUCUUCGCCAUAGAGAUGAUGAUCAAGACCAUCGCCAUGGGCAUUACGGGCAAGGGCGCUUACAUGAGCGACUCCUGGAACAGGUUGGACUGCUUUAUCGUCUUUGCCGGAGCUUUAGAAUACUGCCUUGAUGUUGGUAACAUUAAUCUUUCUGCGAUCAGGACAAUCCGGGUUCUUAGACCACUCAGGGCAAUCAAUAGGAUACCAAGCAUGCGGAUUUUAGUUAUGCUGCUUCUGGACACGCUUCCAAUGCUGGGGAACGUUCUACUCUUGUGCUUUUUUGUGUUCUUCAUUUUUGGCAUAGUCGGUGUUCAACUUUGGGCAGGCCUUCUACGACAACGGUGCUACAUAGAACUCCCAAGAAAUGUCUCUUUCCCCGAGAAUGUGAAUCCUUUUUACCAACUUCCCGAGGACGACGAUUCCGAGUACAUCUGCAGCCUGGACAAGGACAGCGGGAUGCAUAGGUGCGCGGACCUUCCUCCUUACAUGCACCUAGGGCGGAUCUGUAACAGCACCGCCCUUCCCUUCAGCAGCAACGCCCCCACCGAGGGUUCGUGUGUCGACUGGAACAAGUACUAUCGGAUCUGUCGGGCCGGGAACAGAAACCCCUUUAAGGGAGCCAUUUCCUUCGACAACAUCGGACUCGCAUGGGUCGCCAUUUUUUUAGUGAUCAGUCUGGAAGGCUGGUCAGAUAUUAUGUACUACGUACAAGAUGCUCACUCCUUUUGGGAUUGGGUUUACUUUGUCCUCCUUAUUGUUAUUGGUUCCUUUUUCAUGAUCAACUUGUGCCUGGUCGUAAUCGCCACCCAGUUUUCGGAGACAAAGAAACGCGAGAUGGAGCGCAUGCGCUUGGAGCGAUCCGCCAUUAACUCGAGCAGCAGCAUCGCGAGCGCAAGCUUCUCGGAACCCACUGGAUGCUACAACGAGAUCGUCAAGUACAUUGCACACCUCACCAGACAAGGCCACCGUCGUUUUUUGCUCUGGCUCCGGCGCAUCCGGCGGCGUCGGCGCCAGGAGGGCCUCACGCUGCGCCGGACGCGCCGGUCCUCUUCCUCGACGAGCGGCGCGCGCAGGCGCCGGUCCUCCUCGCUGGACGCCGGGACGCAGCCGCGCAAGGCCUCUUCUUCGACGCACGUGCACCCCCUGCCCGAAAGGGCGGCCCUGCGUGUGCCCCAGGGCGUCGGGGAGGGGCGCAGGGGGCAGGCCCCCUGCGCCAGCCCCGAAAUAUCGGACGUGGACUUGUUGGGAUCCCCCAGGAGGCCCGGGGUGCCCUCUUGCAGCGGAAGCGAUUUCAUCUUUUCCACCGAUUCAUCAGUUCCAACGCUGGCACAAGAGCAGCCCUGUUCCACGUCUCCCCGGGUUUCCAUCUCCCACGAGGGCCGGCGGCGGGUGUCGAGCGGGGCGGGGCGAUCUCGGCUCACGUGCGCCCAGCUCCUCGCCCUCAGCGGAACUCAGGGCGCCGCCCUGGCGGCGAGCUGCGCCAGCAACUUUGCAGUGCACAGGUUCUGCUCCGGAAUUGGAAAAGGAGAGAAACAUCUGUCAGCGCCAACCCUCAUCUUCUACUAUCCAGAAGGGGGCGGCCAGGAAGAGGCGUGGGCGGCCGAGGGCGGCUCGGAAAGCGACCUGGAGAGCGAAAUCAACCUGGGCAUCGGGGGAGGGUCCUCCCCCUGCUGCAGGUGGUGGGGUCCCAAGCAAGCGAGACUCAAGAAGCUGGUGGACCAUCGCUACUUCCAAAGGGGCAUCCUUACCGCCAUCUUGGUCAACACACUCAGCAUGGGCAUCGAAUAUCACAAUCAGCCGGAGGAACUGACGUUCAUCGUAGAGGUAAGCAACCUGGUGUUCACCGGCAUUUUUGGGUUCGAAAUGUGCAUGAAAAUUCUGGCUGAAGGUCUGUAUGGAUACAUCAGCAGUGGAUACAACGUCUUCGACGGAAUCAUCGUUAUUCUCAGCAUAGUGGAACUGUGUCAUAGCAGCGGUAGCGGUUUGUCCGUACUCCGGACAUUCCGUCUUUUGCGGAUUCUGAAACUCGUCCGUUUCCUGCCCGCUCUCCGGCGACAGUUAGUCAUCAUGCUGAGGACCGUGGACAACGUAGCGGUCUUCUUCGCCCUGCUCAUACUCUUCAUUUUCAUUUUCAGUAUUCUCGGAAUGAACCUUUUCGGAUGUAAGUUCUGCGAAAAGUCCGAAGAUAGCAACAGUGACUGUGACCGGAAGAAUUUUGACUCUUUGCUUUGGGCUAUAGUCACGGUGUUUCAGAUCCUGACGCAGGAAGAUUGGAAUAUAGUCCUCUUCAAUGGCAUGGAGAGAACGUCCCACUGGGCAGCUCUGUAUUUCGUAGCGCUCAUGACAUUCGGGAAUUAUGUCCUGUUCAAUCUCCUCGUUGCUAUCUUGGUUGAAGGAUUUUCUGCAGAAGAUGAGAGGAAAAGGAGUGACGAGUCUAUUAACCAUGAAGAAGAGCAUCAGCAGGUGAAGAACGAAAAAUCGCCAAGAAAAAUGUCCCGGUCUUCACGCCACGGUCACCGCCACUCCAGGUACUCCACCGGAGGGGCGGCUGAUGAGGGCGGCAGGGACGCCCUCUGUUCUCCCCCUAUCAUCACGCACACCGCGGCCACCCCGCAAGGAUCGCCCAACAACACCCUCGAGGUGAACCUGAUGAAGGACCUGAAGGACAGGCUCACCCCUCUCAUGGCCUUCAGCGUGCCUGGACAGUCCUUUGAGUCCAUCGACAGGACCUCUACAGCAGCUAGUCUGGCAGACUCCAGUAGUCCUUCUUCCCGCAGUCAAAGGACCAGUAUAGGCAGUGAGAUCCUUAUGUUUGUGCCAAAUUACGCAGUUCCUAAUUCCCCGCUGCCCUCUAGAGACGCUGAAGGGUUCCAUGACGUCAACCAAUCGCAAAGUAUAGGUGUAGUCCAGUGUGAAGAAUGUGGUAUCGAAGAGCUUCCAGAAGACCCCUCCCCUCGGGUAAAGCUGAAAGGGAAGGAGGAUGCUUGUAUUCCUGUAGAUGAAGGUGACAUGCACUGCAUAGAAGCCUUCAAGAGCUUAAACGAAAACAAAAAUACCACCCGAGUUCGUGUGAUCAGCCACCGGCACUGCAAUGGGGGUGUGCCCCUUCUGCGGGACAGAAACAUGCAAGGCCCGCUGGUUCUGAAGGACACUGAGGUGCACCUGAGCUGUGCCCGGGACUCGAGCCCGCAGUAUUCUUUGAGGAGCCGCGAUCAUCCCUCCCCCCUCAGCAGGCAGAGCUCGUUGGCCAGCAGCAGCGCCGGCAAUACGAGACAUAACUCACUGACCAUCAUGGCACCCCCUCGAGAGUUCACGAAGGAGGCGGAGGGGUCUGGAUCGUCCCUGCAUCGGCUGCAGGAGGAAAAGGAAGAGGUGGUCCCGCCGCCAAAACUGGUACCCGACUGCAAAAACGACCAGUGCGAGAUCACGGAGAAAAUUUGCUGGAUCAUCGAACCAAAAGGCUGGAUCAAAAAGAGAGAAAAUUAUUCUAUAUUUUUAUUUCCCCCUGCUAAUCGGUUUCGGCAGCUGUGCAAUUUGAUUGCGAGUAAGAAGGCUUUCGACUACGGGGUCUUGUUCUUCAUUUCCUUGAAUUGCAUAACCCUAGCAAUGGAGAGGCCAACUAUCCCGCCGGGCAGCUUGGAAAGGACAAUACUUACUGCCGCCAACUACAUGUUCACCGUUGUCUUUGCCAUCGAAAUGUUUAUUAAGGUGAUUGCGAAGGGUCUGUGGUAUGGAAACCGAGCUUACUUCAAGAGCGGCUGGAACGUGAUGGACGGGUCUCUGGUCAUCAUAUCUCUGGUAGACUUCUGCCUCUCGUUCAUUGCCGACGGCAGUCCCAGGAUCUUCGGAAUCCUCAGGGUCUUCCGACUCUUGCGAUCGCUCAGGCCACUCAGAGUCAUCAACCGAGCCCCAGGCUUGAAGUUAGUGGUUCAGACUCUGUUAUCCUCACUGCGACCCAUCGGAAACAUCGUGCUCAUCUGCUGCACAUUUUUCAUCAUCUUUGGCAUCCUUGGUGUGCAGUUGUUCAAAGGCAGCUUGUAUUAUUGCGAAGGGCCCGAUAUAAAACACGUCAAGAACAGGACAGACUGCGAAUCCGACGCAAGGAACCAGUGGGUCAAUCAGAGAUACAAUUUUGAUAAUUUAGGCCAGGCUCUGAUGGCCCUUUUUGUUCUCUCUUCAAAAGAUGGUUGGGUGAACAUCAUGUACACUGGCUUAGAUGCUGUUGGAGUAGAUCAACAGCCCAUCGAGAACUACAACGAGUGGCGCCUCCUAUACUUCAUCUCGUUCCUGCUCCUGGUGGCUUUCUUCGUGCUCAAUAUGUUCGUGGGCGUGGUGGUGGAGAACUUCCACCGCUGUCGCGAAGAACAAGAGAAAGAGGAGAAGGCCAUGCGGGCCGCGAAACGGGCUAAGAAGCUCGAGAGGAAGAGACGAAAAAUGCGAGAGCCCCCGUACUACAUCAACUACUCCAAGCCUCGCCUCCUCACCCAUAACAUCAUCACCAGCAAGUACUUCGAUCUGGCGAUCGCAGCCGUCAUCGGACUCAAUGUGGUCACCAUGGCAACGGAAUUCUACAUGAUGCCCAUGGAACUGGUGUACGCUCUCAAGGUCUUCAACUACUUUUUUACUGCCGUCUUCAUUCUAGAAGCGGCAAUGAAAAUUGUUGCCUUAGGUUUACGCAGGUACCUGUCCGAUAGAUGGAAUCAGUUGGAUGUUGGAAUCGUCAUCCUCUCCGUAAUUGGUAUCGUUUUGGAAGAAAUGGAAUCCGAAGUUAUACCAAUUAACCCGACAAUCAUACGUGUAAUGAGAGUUCUUAGAAUUGCGAGAGUCCUGAAAUUGCUCAAAAUGGCUAAAGGCAUCCGUGCGCUCCUGGACACUGUGAUGCAAGCGUUGCCCCAAGUCGGGAAUCUAGGACUGCUGUUUUUUCUGCUUUUUUUCAUAUUCGCUGCCUUAGGAGUGGAGCUGUUUGGCCGCCUGGACUGUACCGAUGAUUAUCCAUGCCAGGGUCUCGGUGAACAUGCCCACUUCCGGAACUUUGGUAUGGCCUUCCUCACCCUCUUCCGGGUGGCCACUGGGGACAAUUGGAACGGGAUCAUGAAGGACACCCUGCGGGAGAACUGCGACCCGUCCAGCGACUGCGUCAGCAACUGCUGCGUGUCCCCGGUCAUCGCGCCGCUCUACUUCGUCGUGUUCGUGCUGAUGGCGCAGUUCGUGCUGGUGAACGUCGUCGUCGCAGUGCUCAUGAAGCACCUCGAGGAGUCUCAUAAGCACAUGGACGACGACAUCGAGAUGGACGCCGAGAUCGAGCGUCAACUGGCGGCGGAGAUCGCUGACAGUGUCCGGAGGAAGGGCCGAGAUAAAAGAAGAGAACUGAGGAAGCAAGAAGAACUUAAAGAAAGUGCUCAUAGGAAAUUAAUUAAGAUGUCUUCGCUUCCAUCUAAUUUUAUUUUUAAAUUUUCUGAAGACGUCGAUGCCAAAAGCUCUAUGGGUCACGACAGGAUGUGCGACACUCUGUACAGUCCUUUGGCCACCAUAUCUAUGCAAGAAGAGGCAGGCACAUCUCCAGCCCUGUCAUGGCCCGUGGCUUCGACAAGCGACGGAAAGGGGCGGCGGCACACGCUCGAAGGGUGCUCGGAACAAAGACGCUCCGUGCCGCAGCUGAGCCCCACCCCCCUCGUGGGCAGUGUCAUCAGUUUGUGCAGCUCGGAGGGCGCCCCAUACCGCUCGCCCGGAAAGGGCAAAAAGACCCCGAUCAGCAAGUACAUCGGUCCUCCCAUACGGAUGAUCAGUGCCGAGUCCAGCGACGACGCCAGCGCCCCCUCGACGACAGUCAUCCCCGCAGACGAGGCCUGCGGGGGCGUGGUCAUCCAGGAGGUCGGAGGUGCCCUGGGUGAUGACCUCUCCCUGUGCGACGUCGUGCUGCCGGACGAGAAGGACGACAACGACCUCCUUUGGUACGUGGAAGAGGAAGAGUCUGCCACCUCCACAAACGGACUCCUGAGGAACUAUCCCGAGCUGCGGUCGCAGCCGGGGCUGGACUCGGUGUCGUGGACGGCAUCGGACGAUUUCUCCUCCACCACCAUAUCCGGGACGCUAUCCGGGGCCGAGGCCCCUCCCCCGGAACUCGAGUCCCACCCCCAACCGGGCUCCUCUUCCGGCCAGGGGGUGUCCGUGUCCCAGUCCUCCUCCCUGCGACUGCUGGGGGUGGAAGAGGAGGAGAUGGACGAUGUACUAGUGGUCGACCCUAACGACCAGAAAGCAGUCCUUAUAAUCGGGAGUAGGCGCUGCAGCGGGAUGCCCACACCUGGAGAGGAAAGCAUCGGUCACUGCAUAACGAAACCUUCACCAGAUCAGUGCUAA